AUGGCUGUGUUUGUAGAUUUUGUUGUUCGGAAUUUAUUGUUGAAUUUCGUUGAUUUCAAUGACGGCCCUACUCAAAUAGAUGUUGAGGCUAUUUGUUCAUCCGGGGUAAAAGCAGUUGAGCUUAUGAUGUCUUCAGAUGGAAUUGGUGGUGAUCCUUGUAAACAGAUUUCAGUUUCUGAAAAUGUUGAGGUUACGGAUCGUCGUCUUGUUUGUUUUGAGAUGGGUGCAACAGGUCUCAAUGUUGAUUCUAACAUUGAACUUGAAGAUGACCCAAUUCCCGUUGAAGAAACUCCUCUUGUUGACAAGAGGAAAUCUAAGAAACCCAUAGCGCUGACGUCUCCGUUUAUGGAGUAUGACUCUUCCAUUUCUAGUUCUAAAGAUGGUUCUGGUUAUGGAGUUGUUAAGUAUGUGGCUGGGUUGUGUCCUCUCGAUGAUAAGAUUGGUGAAGAUGUAGAACAUAAAGACGAGAUUGAUUUUGACUUGUGGCUUGGUGAAGGACGCCGAUCGAAGAAAGAUCCGCAUGAUAAGGAGAAGGUUUACUUGAAGGGUAAGGAUAAGAUUGUUCCCCCUUUUCGUUUUGGCGUGGAAGAUGUUGCAACCAAGAUGUGGUUCCACAAGCUUGCAUAUCCUGGCCAAUGUUUGACUAAUUCUCAUCUGGACAUCAUUUUUUACUAUCUACGUAAAAAAGGAAAGUAUGCAAAGGAGCCAAAGGUUAAGUUCACAACCACCGAUUGCUUAUUCUUCAAAACCAUUCAUGCUUUGUAUGAAAAAUUUAUUGCACAGAAAAAAAAUCUUUCUUUGAUAACUGCCCAGCAUGCCAUUGCUGAUUAUAUAAGAGGUAGAAAAAUGUUAUGUGGUUCCCCUUGGCAUUUGUGCGAUCAUGUUUUCUUUAUCAUCCAUAUGGAGACUGAAUCACAUUGGAUUCUUGGUCGAUUGAAUAUUGAGGAAAGGCGUGUGUACAUGUACAACUCCUUGUCGACUGCUAUGAAAGAUAGUGCUGCUAUCAAAGCUUGUCAGCCAUUUGCGGUGUUGUUGCCCCACUUUUUUGCUUUGUUUGAUGAGUUCAAAAAGGAAAACAAACCGAUUUGUUUAGACCCUUUCGAAGUUGUUAAGGUUGAUGGUUUGCCUCAACAAACCUCUAAGUAAGUUGUUUUUAUUUUUUAUUUUCAAAUGUUUUUAAAAUUUGUAAUGUUAUUUUCCUUUUCUAAGUUUUUCUGCUGUUGUUUUUUGGUUGUUUUGCAGUU